AUGGCGCCUCGAAAGAAGAUCGCGGUCAUGACCUCGGGUGGUGACUCCCAGGGCAUGGCAGCAGUCAUUCGAGCCGUCGUUCGCACCGGUAUCAACAUGAACUGUGACGUCUUCUGCGUGCAGCAAGGCUACAACGGCCUCAUCGAAGGUGGAGAGUACAUCCGCAAGACCGAAUGGGCCGAUGUGCGAGGCUACCUCCCGAGAGGUGGCACUCCGAUCCGAACCGCACGAUGCAAGGCCUUCUACGAGCGUCCCGGAAGAUUGACGGCGGCCAAGAACAUGGUGAUCAAUGGCAUUGACGCCAUCAUCAUCUGCGGAGGCGACGGGUCUUUGACAGGUGCAGACAGGUUCCGAGCCGAAUGGCCAUCUCUGCUCGAGGAGCUUGUUUCCAAGGGCGAGCUCACGGCGCAGCAGAUCGUACCCCACAAGCACCUGAACAUCGUAGGACUCGUUGGCUCCAUCGACAACGAUCUUUCGGGCACAGACGCCACCAUCGGCUGCUAUUCCGCCCUUGACCGCAUCUCCACAGUGAUUUCCUGGGUCCAGGAUACUGCAGACUCCCACUCCCGCGCCUUCGUCAUUGAGGUAAUGGGUAGGCAUUGCGGCUGGCUCGCUCUGAUGGCUGGUGUAGCAUCGGGGGCAGACUUCAUCUUCAUCCCGGAGCAACCCCGAGAGGACAACUGGAAGGAGGAAAUGUGCAGCAUCGUGAAGAAGCACAGAGACGAGGGCAAGCACCAGACCAUUGUCGUCAUGGCCGAAGGUGCACAGGAUCGUUACGGCAAGAAGAUCACCACGGAUAUGGUGAAGGAUCUCCUAUCCGACCCACACGGUCUUGACCUCGACACACGAGUUACCAUCGUGGGCCACCCUCAACGCGGUGGCAAGCCUGUGGCACACGAUCGCAUGUUGGCAACGCUGCAGGGUGUCGAGGCCGUCCAUGCCGUCUUGGAGGCAACCCCCGAGACCGAGACCUGUUUCAUCGCCAUCAACGAAAACAAGAUUGUCCGGAAGCCCCUGAUGGCUGCAGUACAAGCGACCAAGGAAGUUGCCGAAGUUAUUAAAGCACAAGACUUCGAGAAGGCAGUGAAACUGCGAGAUACCGAAUUUGCAGACAUGUACAACUCCUUCAUGAUUACCAGCAACAUGAACACCGGCGAGGAUAUGACUCUGUCGGCUGAAAAGAGAAUGAAGAUUGGUUUCAUCACCAUUGGAGCUCCGGCGGGCGGUGUGAACGCCGCACUCCGUGCAGCUGUGGCUUACUGCCUGUCGCGUGGGCACGAACCUGUGGCUAUUCAUAACGGAUUUGCCGGAUUCGCAAGACACCACGCCGAUGAAGAUUCCUCUGUGCGACCAUUCGACUGGCUGGAAGUCGACACGUGGGCGACCUGGGGUGGUUCUGAGAUAGGAACAAACCGCGAGCUUCCGGAAGAAUCUGGCAUGGAGUUGAUCGCCAAUCUCAUUGCGAAGUACAAGUUUGAUGCUAUCUUCCUCAUUGGUGGCUUUGAGGCUUUCCACUCCGUUUUGCAACUCGAGAAGGCGAGAGACAAGUACCCCUCCUUGUGCAUCCCCAUCACGCUUUUGCCGGCCACCAUUUCCAACAACGUUCCCGGCUCGGAAUACUCUCUCGGCUCUGACACUUCGUUGAACGAGCUCAUCGCUUUUGCCGAUAAGUUGAAGUUGUCGGCCAGCGCGUCCCGCAGACGAGUCUUUGUGUGCGAAACCCAGGGUGGCAGAUCCGGUUGGCUUGCGAUGAUUGGUGGCCUUACCAGUGGUGCCACAGCUGUCUAUACUCCUGAAGAGGGCCUGUCAAUGGAUAUGAUUGUCGCCGACAUAAGGCAUCUUCGCGAUGUUUUCCAACAGGAUAAGGGCAAGGCCAGAGCAGGCAGAUUAAUCCUCAUCAACGAGACAGCCAGCAAAGUCCACACCGCCAAAGCUAUCGCUGACUACAUCCACGACGAAGGACACGGUCGAUUCCAGGCCCGUGAAAGUAAUCCCGGUCACACUCAGCAAGGAGAUAUCCCCUCCCCUAUCGAUCGAUGCCGAGCUGUCCGUCUUGCUAUCAAGUGCGUCAAGCACCUCGAGCAGUUUGGGCCCAAGGCCCAACACGACAUACAGAAGAUCAAGAAAGAUCCUCUGACUGCAUCAGUCAUCGGUAUUCAGGGAGCCGCGGUCGUGUUCUCGGCUAUCACAGACUUGGAAAUCCAAACGGACUGGAAGAACCGCCGACCCAAGUCGGCCCAUUGGAUGUAUAUGAAGGACAUUGUCGAUAUGCUUGGUGGGAGACCUUCAUAUCCCGUUCCCGAGAAGAGUCUCGUUGGUAUCAUGGCUAAGGACGCGAAGCGUGGCCUGAUCGUAGAAUAG